AUGGCCCAAGAAGAGAUGAGGCAACAGUUUCCAUUGUACGAUGAUCUGCCGGCAGAUGUCGCAGGUAACUUUCGUGAAUGGAAUAUUCAAGAAUCAAGGGACAUGUUGGUUGUUCGGGCAGGAUUGGAACCGGCAUUUAUCGAGCCCGAAAUACCGAACAACCGCCUCUGGGAAAUCAUCGCCAAUGAGAUGAAGAAGAAGGGUUACAAUCGCACCGUCGAGCAAUGCAAAUUGCUGUGGAAAACCCUCGUCCUUAGUUACAAGGCAUGUCGAAAAAUGGAGCGAGUAGAGAUGAGGCGGCAACAGUUUGUAUUCUACGAUGAAGUGCAUGCAAUUUUUGAUAUGAGAAUGGAUUACAUUCUGUACUGGGAGGCCGAAGACGCCAGCGGAACCUCCUCCCAGAAACGGUUUAGGGCACUGUUAUCUGACAAUGACAAGGUCAGCGCGGGAGGAGAGGUCUCCAAGAAGAGAAAAACAGGCAAUAAAAAUAACUCAGAAAGCAGUGAAAACCUAGAGAAUAGUUCCAAGGAGAUUAAUGUGGAGGUUAUGAAGAAGCAAAGAGAAGAAGAGAGGAGGGUGAGAGAGAUGGAGUGGCAAAAUAUGAGAAGAAGAGAGGAGGGUGAGAGAGAUGGAGUGGCAAAAUAUGAUGGCGACAAAGUGGAUAAUGGAGAUGGAGGAGCAAAGGAGAGUUAGAUCAGAGAGGAAGCCAUCUCUCAGACCAGAGAUGCCCUAAUCUAUGUUCUUCAAUAGCAUAUAGGUGAGAGUAUAUUAGUAUUAGAGUUUGAAUCUCAGAUUCUCAAUUUUAUUCUAUUCUAUUUGCACAUUUUCUUAUUUCCA